GGGGGGGGGGAGAGAGGGAGAGAGAGAGCGCGCGGCCUGGGCGCCCCCAUGGCCCUGCCCCCGGCCCCUUUCCCCUGGACCUUCCGGCCUGGCUGCCCGAGCUACGCCACCUUCGACCGGCCUCCCUACAGCCGCCUCGUGGUGAUGGUGAGAGGGACGCCGCACAUCUCGUCCGUGGCGCCGCACUUCGCCUCCUUCGGAGAGGUGGAGGAGAUCUGGGGCGCGCACACCGACCUCAACCACUGCCUCCAGGGCCCGGUCUUCGUCAAGUUCGCGCGCAGCUCCCAGGCCUUGCGCGCCCUCGAGGCCUUCCGCGGAGCCCCCCUCCUCGCCUUCCCCCGCUUCGACCAGAUGUAUUUGGCUCAAAGCAGAGUUCCUGGAAAACCAUAUGAACUGGAUACGGAUCUUCAGAAAUUAACUGUAAUACAUGUCGCAGUCCCGAGGUCUUUUACUGAAAAUGUCUUGGCAAACAAAUUUAAGGUCUAUGGAGUUAUUGUUUCAUGUGUCAUCAUAAGGAUCGAGUUUGGAAAAUCUAAAGAUUUAGGAUACGUAGGAUUUUCAGUGCCAUCUGAAGCUGCUUUGGCCAUAGAGGAGUGUGACAAAAGUUUUGAAGCCGUUUGGGCUGAGGCUGAACCUGAUCCCCCUAAACACCCUUUUCUCAGAUUUGGUGUGUAUGGUGCCCAGCAGAGGACAGCAAAACAUGAAAUCCAAGGAGCCACCUUGAAUACUAUGUGUAAAAACACCAGUCUGGCUAAUGAUGUUAAACAGCCAAGUAAAGUCUCUGAAUCCAAAUCUCCUGUGAACAAUUCCAAACAGAAAACACCAUGCAACGAAGCACAAGAGAGCAGUGUGGAUACUUUGGGUAAAAGCACCAGUCUGGCUAAGGUUACAGAACCCAGUAAAUUAUCUGCAUCCAAAUCUGAUGUGAACAAUUCUAAAUCUAAAACAACAAACAAUGAAGUACAAAAGAGCAGCGUGCAUACUUCUGGUAAAGAUGCCAAAUGGGUUAAGUCUGCAAUGAAACCUGAGGUACGCUCUGAAUCCAAAUUUCCUGUGAACAAUCCCAAACACCAAACAACAAGCAGUGACAUUCAAGGGAGCAAGUUGAAUACUUUCAGUAAAGAUACCAAAUGGAUUAAGUCUGCAAUGAAACCUGUGGCACCCUCUGAAUCUAAAUCGUCUGUGAACAACCCCAAACACAAAACAACAAGCAAUGAAGUAGAAGUGAGCCGCUCAAAUUCCUUGGGUAAAUGUACCAAAUCGGAACAGCAAACUACUUCAUCUUCCAUGAUCUGCACUGAAAAUAAAAAAACAGGUAGACGUACCAAAUGGGAUCAGCUACCUACUUCAUCUUCUGUGAUCUGCACUGAAAUAAUGCAAUGGAGCAACUUGAUCCCUGUAGUUUCUAGGAUCACUUUGAAUGUGCCUGUGACCAGGACUGAAUCUGAACCUGGUGGUAAAGAACAGAAUGCCAUCACCCACAGAACACCGGGGAGCAAUUUGAUUCUUUUAGGUUCAGUUGACAAUGAUACAUCAUCUGAGCCUGCAGUCACGGCACGGGAAUCUAGUGUAAACUACUGGGUGAAUCACACAAAAGAUUAUCACACCAGUGAGGUUCAGAAAGUUUUAAAACCACCAGAGCACUCUGAAUACAAAUAUUAUGUGGAUGGUACAGAUUACAGUGCUGCUUUGUCUGAACCUUCAAUGCAGUCACCUGGCUCCAGUUCGGACUACUACUACUAUACAAGUGGCGUAGAACAGCAGACAGAUGACCACGGCGUAAAAGAGAGUAAUGUUACGACUUCAGAGGUUCUAAGGAGCUACAAAUAUGAGUGA